CACUUUGCUGUACUUUUGCAGGGAGACCAUGUUACAUUCUUAAAUGUGUAUAAAGGAUUCAUUCAGUCUAAUAAAUCUUCGAAGUGGUGUCACAAGAAUUUUGUAAAUUAUCAUGCCAUGAAAAAAGUAAUUGAAGUUAGGGAACAACUGAAAAGGAUUACACAACGGUUGGGUAUAGGAUUGAAAUCUUGCGAAGGGGAUAUGCAGGCAGUAAGGAAGGCAAUUACAGCAGGUUUUUUUGCCAAUGCUUCCCGUUUAGAACCAUUCAGUCACAAUGGGAUGUACAAGACUGUCAGGACUUCUCAAGAAGUUUAUAUUCAUCCCUCAUCUGUGCUGUUCAGGGUCAACCCGAAGUGGAUCGUAUACCAUUCUCUUGUUUCAACGGAUCGUCAGUACAUGCGAAAUGUCAUUACUGUUGAUCCUUCUUGGCUAACGGAAGCUGCACCACAUUUUUAUCAGAAGCAGAUGCAUAGUUCAAUUCCUCAAUGAUACACAAUUUUCUUGGAUCCUUGGCAGCCUCAUUCUGAUUUGGAAAAUUGUAGCAAUUUGAAAACCUUUUUAAAUACACUAACUCCUUGUAUAUUGGUUAUACUUUCUCCCAAUGGUGGAGCUACAUAGGCUCAAGGGACGUCGGUUAAACACCUAUAGCUUGAAAGUUAAUAUUAUGUAUAUAGGUCAAGUAUUACUUUGUGUGAGCAUGUGAUUUUUGCCUCGUUUAAAUUACUCCUAUAGAAUUCUUAGAAUUAGGAUUGUUGUUUUUAUUUGAUUUUUAGGAUUUAAUUGUGUA